CUAAACCAACUUAAAGCCUGUCCAUGAAUACCUGUGUAAUUUUGUAAGCGAUCUAGGAGAAUGUUGCAUUCUUAUAUAUAUAAUCCACAUCAUUACUGUGCUGUGUCAUGAUUUGCUGAUGUUCACAGUGGUGCCAUGAUCUUGGUAAUCUUGGAAAUCUUUUGGACAGAAGGGGAAAAAACUUAAACUUAAAAAAUUAUAUAUAUAAUUGACUUCUAGGUUCCCCAAAUCAUAAAUGACCCCAAACCCAUAAAUAUUCCUAUGAGUGCUAAAUUCCCAGCACAACGGUGUCGGAUGCGCAGGUUAGUCGUUUUAAAAUCAUACAACAGCACCACGCUGUGGACAUAAUAGGAAAUGCAUCCUGAUGUCGGAUUACAACAAUACAAACACUACCCUGGGGAAUUCCACAUAAAUUUAAAAGAGAUACUUGAAUUUGAUGUAAAAUGGUCUUUAAACACUUGGUAAAAACACAUUGAUCUCUGUACAGGAAAUUUUUUUUUUUAUAAUUUGUUUUUUUUUAUAUAUUCUUCUUAAAUUUGAAAAAUCUUUUAAUAAAAAAGUAGUCUUAGGACUUUUCAGUUCUCCUCUGUUUUUAAUUUUUGUUAAUAUGAUUUUGAAACACUAUGAUAUGUUUAUAUAUCAUUUUUCAGUCCGUUUAAAAUGUCUGUUUUCUUUUCUCCUACUGUAGCUGCUUUCCUGAUGUUACAGUUUUUCUCGAUUGCUAAAACACUAAACCCCAUUCUCUGAAUCAAAUGUUCAGUGAACUAAACCAAUUUGUCAAAUCAGAAACACAUUUUGCACUGUGAUGCACUUGUGCUGCAAAUUGGUAAACACACGCAGCAAACAGUAAACACAACUACAACACAGUUGUCAUCUGUAAAACACAAUGACUCAAAAUUGAACACACUUGUUUCUAAUGAUGUGAUUAAACCAAUUGCCCAGAAUAUAAGCCAGUUCAGAGGGCACAGGUGUGUUGGGUGGAUGUAAGAAUGGUGGGAAACAAUCUGAGAGGCAGAGGAAGAGGAAGAGUAAGAGGAGGAGGAGGAAGAAAAGGAGGAAGAGGAGGAGGAAGACCAAGAGCAGUCAUUUCAGAUGAUAUUCGAGCAACAGUCAUAGACCAUGUUCUUGUUCAUGGUAUGACAAUGAGGGAAGCAGGCCUACGAGUUCAACCCAAUUUGAGCAGAUUCUCUGUGGCCACCAUUGUCAGGACAUUCAGAGAAGAAAACAGAAUUGCAAGACAACCUCUCAUUGUUGAUAUGGUCCUUCAAAACAAUGCUAUCCGCCUGUGUGAAAUACAGGAAAGAGUUGUUGAAGACAAUGCAAACUUUGAAGGAAUGAACAGUGUCAGCCUUUCGACCAUUGAUCGUGUCCUCAAACGCAACAGGCUACGCAUGAAGCAAGUGUACAGAGUACCCUUUGAGCGCAACUCAGAACGGGUCAAAGAACUACGAUGUCAAUAUGUACAAAGAGUGUUUGAACUGGAUUCCAUGGAAAGGCCCCAUGAAUGCAUUUUCAUUGAUGAAGCAGGGUUCAAUCUGGCAAAGAGGAGAGGGAGAGGCAGGAACAUAAUUGGCCAACGUGCCAUCGUGGGUGUCCCUGGCCAGUGUGGUGGCAAUGUCACCCUUUGUGCAGCCAUAAGUAACCGUGGGGUUCUCCACCAUCAUGCAACCCUGGGGCCAUACAACACUGAACAUCUUUUAACCUUUCUGGGUGGUUUUCGGGAUGUUCUGCUUGAGCGUGAGCACCAGGAUUAUCAGCAGGCAGUGCAUGCUGUGUAUCUGGUGGUUUGGGACAAUGUCAGCUUUCACCGGAGUGUCCGUGUAUGUGAAUGGUUCAAUAUCAACCAGCAAUUCUUAAAUGUUUUCCUUUCACCAUACAGCCCUUUUCUAAACCCAAUUGAGGAAUUUUUCUCUGGGUGGCUGUGGAAGGUCUAUGACCGAAAUCCAUAUAACGGGGUAAGUCUUCUAGAGGCUAUGGAAUUAUGGAAUUAAGGAAUGUGGAAUGUUGUCAAGGCUGGAUCUGACACACCAGAGGGUUUUUCCCUCAUUGCCUGGGAAGGGACAACAUUGCCUGUGAGGUGGAUGAAGUCCUCUGGCCAGACCCAGCACGAAGACGCGACACUGAGGCAGACUGAAUUGUGUAAAACAGACUUUUCAGUUGUACAACAUUUAAGUGUAUUAUGCUUUUCAUUUAUAAUUUUCUUUGACAGUACUAAGUGAUGGUUACUGUAAUAUUUUCUUUAUUGCAAAUGGCAUUUACGUACUGUUUAUACAGUAACAAACAACAUUUUCUUUAACUACAUGCCCUGGAUGCUGUGUUCUCCAAUUUUUUGUGUUGUGUCUAAUGAUUACUCCAUAGUGUUUAUUUAUUGAUGGGUUGUGUUUAUGAUCUGAAAGCAUAGUUUGAUUUUGAGGACAGGUUAAAUAGUUUAGGGGCGAGUGUUUGAUUUUGCUAGAAGAGUCAAAGGUUUUGGAAAUUUAGUUUGAAUAUUUGGUUUUGUGUUUACAGUUCUGAGAAAAUGGUUGACUGUUUCAAGAAAUGUGUUUUAGCAAUCGAGAAAAACUGUAAUGACCAGUUUGAAGUUGUCGGGACUUUUUAUGCUUUAUGAAAAUCAUCAGGCACCUUAAUGAGAUACAUUUAAUAGGUUACCCAGAACAUGUCAAUAGAAAGUCUUUUUUACUUUUCAUUUGCAUUUUAUCAUCAGUGAAUGCAAGCAUUUGCACUCAGUUGUGCCACAUUAAUAUAUUGUCAUUAGGGCCACUGUUCCAUCUCAGUCACCAACUUUAAACAGUCACCCAUGUUUGUUUGCAUGGCACAUAUAUUUUUGUUUUACUUGUAUUGUCAGUUUAUAUUUGUGUGUGUGUGUGUGUGUGUGUGUGUGUGUGUGUGUGUGUGUGUGUGUGUGUGUGUGUG